AUGGAGCACUGCCACUGCACUACCAUCGCGGUACCUCACGGAGACAAAUAUCUAGCCAUUGCCCGUGGCGCCGCACUCUGUAGAUUGGAAGGCAUCCGCCCAAAGACGCGAAGGAGUCGACGACACUAUGGAUUCAAACAAUGGAUUCCGUUCCGUAAAGGUAUUAAUCCAGAAGUUGAUGCGUAA